UCGCACUCGUUUUCCAUCUCAAACGGCACGCACUGAAAUUUUUUCGUACUGGUUUGGUUAAAUUUUAUUAGCAAGUGAAGGCCAGGAAAACGAUCAGAAAUGGGCAAACGGCGGACGCAAUCCCUGAUCGACUCCAACUCCAGCGAUAGCGACAGCGAGUCGGAGACCAAUCUGGAAUCGGACCUCAUGUCGCUGGCCAAGAAGCGGAAGAAGCCCCAAACGGCGGCCAAGUCGAGCUCCCGCUCCGACUCCGAUUCCGACUGGGCCAACAACAAAGCAGGAGCACCCGCCUCCAAGAAGAAGAAGCGUCGGAAGGCCAGUAGAGACUCCAGCUCUUCGGAGUCGAAUUGGGAUGACGACAGUCAGGAUGAGGGGCAGCCAGCGAGGCAGAGUCCUGCACAGGCCCAACAGGAGGACAAGCCCCCGGAGCAGUCUUUCCAGGCCGCCCAGCUUAGCGAACAGGAGGAGGGCGAGGUAUCCGACAGCGAUUCGGACAAGUCGAAGUCCAACUCCUCGUCAUCCGGCUCCGACUCCUCUAGUUCUUCGUCCUCCAGCUCCGACUCGGAGUUUGACGACGGUUUCGAUGACGACCUAAUGGGCGAUGAUGAGGACCGAAGGCGUCUCAACGGUUUGUCCGAAAAGGAGCGUGAAACUGAGAUUUACAAGCGUAUUGAGCAGCGAGAGAUUAUGCGUACGCGCUGGGAAAUCGAACGGAAACUGAAGCUGGCGAGGCGCGGGGAAAAGAACCAAGAAAAGUCCAAGAACAAAGGAGAACGGGCCAAGAAGAAGAAGGAAAAGCGCGAGAAAAAGGCGAGAAAGGCCAGGGAAGCCCAAGCGCCCAUGCCAACACAAGCUUCCACAUCCACACUGUUAAAUGUGGAAACUAAACCCAGCAACGAAGUGCGGUUAGCGAGUCCAUUAUCCUCGCCCGCCCUUAACCGAGAUGCGGCUUCCACUUCAGCGGCAGUGGCCAGUAUUUUGUCCGACGAUCAGGCUUCCGCCGCUGGCGUCUCUGAUUACUUUGAUCACAAGGAGCGGUCCAAGGAGCGCAAGAAGAACGUCGAGGCCAACAAGACGGACGAUAAGAGGAGUAAUGCCAUGGCCUUAUUAAAAGCCAAAAGAGAGGGCAAGGCCAAAAGAGAGGAAGAGGAGGCCAAACGCCUGGCAGAAAAAGAUCGUGAUGACGACAAAGAGGAACUGGAAAGCGUAUCUGGCUGUAAAUCGGCCGUGAAACUGAAAGCCUCUGAAAUAUACUCAGACGACUCAGGCAGCAGUGAUUGGGAUGAGGAUGAAAAGCCCACGGGCAAACGCUCGCGCUCCAACAGCAGCAAGGCUUCCAGCGAAUCCGAGGACGAAGAAAAGGUGCCGCAGCGGCCCGUUUUUAUAACCACACGCGAGGAUCUUAACAAGUUGCGUCUAUCUCGCUACAAAAUGGAACGAUUUGUGAACUUGCCAAUCUUUGAGAGCACUGUACUCAACUGCUUCGUGCGGAUAAGCAUCGGUAACAAUGGCCAGAAACCCGUGUAUCGAGUGGCCGAAAUUGUGGGAGUGGUGGAGACGGGGAAGAUCUACAGUCUCGGCACCACACGUACCAAUCGCGGGUUGAGACUUAAGCACGGAACUCAGGAGCGGGUAUUCCGACUGGAGUUCAUUUCGAACCAGGAGUUUACGGAGAACGAGUUCAACAAGUGGAACGAGGUUUGCCAACAGUCGCACGUCCAGAUGCCAUCGAUUGACUUAAUAGCGAUUAAGCAAAACGACAUCAAGAAAGCACUGAACUACGAGUUCAAGGACGAGGACGUAGACAAGAUCGUGGAGGAAAAGAACCGCUUCCGGAACCGACCCACCAAUUAUGCAAUGAAGAAAACCUGCCUGAUGAAGGAGCGAGAUGCAGCUAUGUUGCGGGGCGACUACGACAUCGCACAGGAUCUGGGACAGCAAAUCGACGAGCUGGAGAACCGAGCCUCUGAACUCGAUAAAAGAAGAUCACAUACUCUCAAUCUGAUCUCCUAUAUAAACGACCGGAACAGGAAGAAGAAUGUGGAGGAUGCUGAGAAGGCAAUUUUAGAGGAGGCUCGGGCCAACAAAGGUCUCAAGAUCUCGGAUCCCUUCACACGUCGGAUCACUCAGCCGCGCAUGGGCUUCAAGGGUGCCAAGAAGGACGAGGAUGACGUGCAGCUGGCACCACUGCCACCGCCACCCCCAGGAAAAAAGAGGCCCAACGAAGCGGGAACUUCGAGUGCAAGCGCCAAGCCCACGGACUCCAAGGAUUACAGUCUGUACUCACUGCAUGACUUUGACAUUGACUUAGAUGUUCCGCUGCCAGUUAAUACGAAUUCAGUGCCCAAACCGGCUAGCAAACCAGCUGAAACAGUCUCCAAACGUUCGUUGAAUCUGGAGGAUUACAAAAAAAAACGCGGCCUCAUCUAGAAAAGGAUGUCGCUGGUCUACACAUAUUGACAAAGCGUCACAUGUUUACGUCCUAGUUUAGUGUAGUGCCCAAAUGACUACAGCAAUCGUUUGCUACAACGACUCACCCAACUUAAAGAGCAACAAAGAAACGACGGGCAAUCAGCUCGGCUUAUAGUUACAGUUCAUAUAUAUAAAUAGGUUGACACAGAAAGUUUGAAAUAGGUCGGGCGAGGCGAAGGUUUUCCCAUUGCUUCAGAAUUGAAUAUCCUAAUCUAGGAUACUUUCUCUGUUUGUGUUUGUUCUGUUACGAUUAUGAUUCACUUUUUAGAGAAAUUAUGCAAGCAGCAUUAUCUAACAUUUGGAAUUUCUUUGCAAAAAACGGACUUAUUUAAGUAUAUUUACAGCAAUUUUUAUAGUUUCUAAGCUAGAAAUUGUAUUACAUAAAUAGCAAAACCCCAUCCAGCCCAGCCUAAUCAUUUCCGACGAUUUGUUCAAUAAAUUAACAACUAACAUAAUUUA